AUCGCCAACCAACGUGGUGGAGCAACUUAGCCGCGUUUGAUGGGAGGACUCACGUCGUUUGUUCCAAGCGAUUUUCGUGUGAGCCACUGAUCUGAAAAUUACCUCAAUCUGAUGGUCAGAACCCAAUCGUUCUACAAAUAAUUCAAUAACCUUUUUAAGCAAUCCAACGGCCGAUAGAGUACGUAGUGCUCGAUAACCUCGUGUCUCCAUACCGCGAUCGAUGACUUAUCCUCGGCACUUAAGCUAUUGUCGUCCAUGGAUGCGCGUUGCUUUCCGAACUUGAACCUCCUCUCCGUUCAAAAUGUGCACAUUUUCUCUGAAAUGCAAAUUUUUUGAUUAUCGGACUGUAUCUGCAGUGUCGUUUAUCUAAAUUGGAAAUAAUGUCCAAAUUAACAGAUUUAGUGAAAGAAACAUCUGAAAGUGGUAUGGAUUCAUGUGCUGAUGACAUUGGCACUGUAGAGGAAAUUGCAGAGGAUACAAUUUUGUCCCGGCAAACUUCUGUUAACCUUGUCCCGUUUAUUGGACAGAGGUUUGUUUCCCAAGAUGCUGCCUACGAAUUUUAUUGCAGCUUUGCAAAGCAAUGUGGCUUUUCAAUCAGACGUCAUCGUACUCGAGGGAAAGAUGGUGUCGGUAGGGGAAUUACAAGAAGGGAUUUCACAUGCCACCGUGGUGGCUAUCCUCAGAUAAAGGCUUCUGAUGAUGGAAAGAUGCAAAGAAAUCGAAAGUCAUCACGAUGUGGUUGUCAAGCAUAUAUGCGAAUUGUAAAAAAGGCAGAUUUUGAUGUUCCUGAAUGGCGAAUUACUGGUUUUAGCAACAUCCACAACCAUGAACUUCUGAAGUCAAAUGAGGUGCAGCUGCUUCCUGCUCAUUCCACUAUGUCUGCAGAUGACAAGAGUCGUAUUUGCAUGUAUGCAAAAGCUGGGAUGUCAGUACGACAAAUGUUAAGGUUGAUGGAGCUAGAGAAGGGUGUUAAGCUAGGUUGUCUACCAUUCACUGAAAUGGAUGUCAGAAACUUGCUGCAAUCAUUUAGGAAUGUGAAUCGUGACAAUGAUGCUAUCAACCUUCUUCAGAUGUGUAAAUACAAGAAAGACAAAGAUCCCAACUUUAAGUACAACUUCCAAAUUGAUGCUAACAACAGGUUGGAACGCAUUGCUUGGUCCUAUGCAUUGUCUAUUCAAUCAUAUGAGGCUUUUGGAGAUGCUGUAAUAUUUGACACCACUCACCGUUUGGAUGCUUAUGAUAUGAUUAUGGGGAUUUGGAUUGGGGUGGACAAUCAUGGCAGUAAUUGUUUCUUUGGUUGUGUGCUUCUGCGAGAUGAAAAUAUGGAGUCUUUUUCCUGGGCAUUGAAGACAUUCUUGGAGUUUGUGGAUGGAAAGGCUCCAGAAACUAUUUUAACUGAUCAAAACAUUUGGCUUAAAGAAGCGGUUGCUGUUGAAAUGCCAAGGACCAAGCAUGCCUUCUGCAUAUGGCAUAUAAUUGCGAAGUUCUCUGACUGGUUUUCCAUUCUGCUUGGAUCACAAUAUGAUAAAUGGAAAGCUGAAUUCCAUCGGCUGUAUAAUUUGCAGUCUGUAGAGGAUUUUGAAGUAGGAUGGGGGGAGAUGGUGGAUACAUAUGGCCUACAUGGAAAUAAGCACAUUGUCAGUUUAUAUGCAUUGCGCACCUUUUGGGCUCUACCAUUUUUGAGAUGUUACUUUUUUGCCGGAAUGACCAGUACAUUCCAGUCAGACUCGAUAAAUGCUUUUAUUCAACGGAUUUUGAGCGCUCAAUCUCUUGAUAACUUUGUAGAGAAGGUUGCUGUAGCUGUUGGAUAUAAAGAAGAUGCAGGACCAAAGCAAAAGGUCCCGAGAAAGGUCCAUAAAAUCUCCCUCAAAACAGGAUCUCCAAUUGAGUCUCAUGCUGCUACUGUUCUUACACCGUACGCCUUUGGCAAACUACAAGAAGAAUUAGUUUUGGCUCCACAAUAUGCAUCGCUAAUGGUAGACGAGUCUUAUUUUAUUGUGAGACACCAUAUAGAUAUGGAUGGAGGGUGCAAAGUUCUCUGGAUUCCUCAUGAUGAAUUCAUUAGCUGUAGCUGCCAUUUGUUUGAGUUUUCAGGAAUUCUUUGCAGACAUGUUCUCCGUGUUUUAUCAACAAAUAAUUGCUUUCACAUUCCAGAUCGAUAUCUGCCUGUUCGUUGGCGUGAUGUUGGUACAUCAUUGACAAAGCCCUUCCCGGCUUUUACUUCUGAUGAACAUGCAGGAAAAGUUCAGUUGUUACAAUCCAUGGUGUCUACACUAAUUGCAGAAUCAAUGGGUACAGAAGAGCGUCUUGAUGUUGCUUGUGAUCAAGUUGCUCAUGUGUUAUCUAGUAUCAAGGAAUUUCCUGGGCCAGCACACGAUGAUAAUGAUAUUACAUAUACUAGUCCAUCUGACUCAUUGAUUCUUCCAGAGGUUGAAGAUUCUGUUGGAUUUGUCCAAAGUUUUGCUGCAGGGAGUACUCAUGAUCCGAUGACCUUGGGAAAGAUGAAAGAGAGGAGACUAAGAGAUGGGAUAAAUAUCAACAGGAAACGCAGGCGAUGCUCCUUACCUUGCUGUGGGCAGUUUGGACAUGAUGCAACUGAUUGCCCAAUGAUGGGAAGCGAUGACUUGAAUGAAGACGGGCUAGGAUUUAUCUAACUCAGCUGGAGAUGCAUGAAGUGAAACUAUAUGUGAAGGUGACCACACAUUUAUUGCAGUGAUAUAUCAUCUUUUCCACAAAUCUACUCUACGGUUUUCUUUUGUUGAGAUGCACCAUUCUAUCAAUACCAAUUAAAAUUCAGAAUCUUCUUUUCAUUGUAUGGAACCGGAACAAAAUGGCAAUGUAUAUUUUGUUGACCUAUAUUUCUAGAUAGCAAAAGUCAAAAUAUUGUUGCAAUUA